AUGGAGUCACUAGAAACUACUGCAGAGGCCAAAUGCUCUAAAGAGGCUCUGGAAAAGACAGUUCCCCAGAGGAAGUCAGCAGCACCAGAACCUACGACUGCCCAAACUAAAAUACCCCCCUCGGCUGAUUCGGAGGGGGAGGGGUGGCAUCAAGGCCCAGAACCUGAGGAGGACCAGAGUAGAACCACAUGUUGUCCAACAGAUAAGUCUGACUCAGGGAAGCUAAGACAAUUAGAAGGGAAACCACAGCGCCAAUUACUGGAUCAACCCUGCAGUCAUCCUCAUUACAAUGUAUUAACCUCAUACCCACCACAGGAGAGACAGACAGUUCCCUUUGCUAGACAGAAAACGGCAGAUCACUUGGUUUCUGCACUGCCACUUCCACAUGUCAGCUGUGGAGGGCCCUCUCCUCAGAGGAGCUCCCCCAGUUUACCCGCUUCUCUCCAACACUGUUCCCAGUCAGGGACAGAGGAGCUAUCCAAGGACGUGUGUAGUAAGAUGGAGCAGAAACAGCAGCAGAGGCCUGGGAAGUAUGUUUGUGAUUAUUGUGGGAGGGCAUGUGCCAAACCCAGCGUACUUACGAAGCAUAUCCGCUCACAUACUGGGGAGCGACCCUACCCCUGCGUGCCCUGCGGUUUCUCCUUCAAAACAAAGAGCAAUUUAUACAAACACAGAAAAUCUCAUGCUCAUUCCGUCAAAGCUGGGACAGUGCCAUUUUCAGAACUGGGUUCUUACAAUGCCAACAUGGAGGACCAGAGAUCUUUAGAGGGAGAAGGAGAGUUAUACUCUGACGCUGAGCAGAGCUCGGACACAGACGAGGAUGAUUCAUCGCUCUUGGACUCUGUUUCAGCGGAGGAACCAGAUAGCACCACUGCUGUUAAAGUACCGAAUCUCAUUGCCCAGAGACAAGCAGUUACAUUAGCAUCAACAUUAUCUGAGGAUGGUUCAUCCAGGCUCUCGGAGAUCAAUGCUGCUCAACCUCCAGCUGUUUCUCAGGUCAGUCGUGCGAUCCAAUCUAACGCCAUCAAGCAGAGGCUGGCACUACGGCUCUCAGAGAAAAGGAGCAGUGACACUGACACGUCUCUCUCCCUGCCUAGCCACGGAAGCAAAUGUAGCACAGACUCAGGCUACUUCUCAUGCUCUGAGAGCAUUGAACACCAAACCGGUGGUCCUCCCAACACAAAUGCCAAGUCCUAUCAAGAGAUAAUGUUUGGGAAGUGUUACAAGCCGAACCCGAAACAAAAAGCCAUAACUGUUGUGACUUGCAGGACAGACUUAAUGAACGAUCGUAAGAUUUCGGAGCGUGGUGUUUCCCGUGUAUUCACACAAGAAAAGGAAUCAAUGGUUGAAUCGAUCAGAAUAAACACACAUUCAUUUACAAGGGAGGACAUUAAGGAGGCUCAACUAGAGGUCUCUGAUUCUGGACAGCUGGUCCGGAGCAACUCGAUGCCCACGUCCUCGGUGGUAUGUCAGGACACGUCACAAGGCCUGCGAGGUAGCCACUCCUUUGAUGAAAGGGCGUCCCCUGGAGGCAUUAGGAGACUUACGAGACAGGCUGCCUUUGAACACUCUGCACACGAUGGACCUCCUGACCACUGCGGAAACAUCUCUGAUAUUUCCAACCUUGGAGUGGAGAUGGAAAGUUUCACCAUCCAACAAAAGCAAGCGAUGGAAUUUGCGACGAGAAAACGACGGAAGGAAAAAUGUGUUGUGGAGGAGGAGGAUGUAGGAGGCCAGUAUCACACAGACUAUGACCACUCUGAAGAGAUGAGGGACUAUGAUUCAAAGCAAGCCUCUCAAGGUGCUCUAACCACUAUAUCCUCAGUGAAAGGACAUGCCCAAAGCGUGCAUACACAGGAAAUGUGGGAAAAGAGAGAGAGAGAAGAGAGAAGAUCUUUAGGUAACGUCAUCUCUGUGAUUCAACACACUAACUCCCUAACCAGGUCUCUCUCUGAACAGUCAGACUCUUACAACUACCAGAGACAGGAUAAGCCUUCCUCAAUGGAUGUGGAGGAGCAAACCGAAACUCGAGAGAUGCAUAAAAGGACUGAGAUCUUUGCACACCAGCUGAGUGACAGUAGAUUAUUAGAUAAAUCGUAUCAAAUGACACCUAAGCUAGUCCGUCAGUCCAACAUACCGGUCCCAGAGAUCAGGGUGACUGUAGAACCAGACAGUCCAGAGAAAGAUAAAGCAGCUGAAGUGAAACAGGUGAAGGUGAAGGAACCUGAUAGACAUAUAGAGGAGUUCCAAUGGCCUCAGAGGAGUGAAACCCUGUCUCAGUUCCCCCCAGAGAAACUCCCUCCAAAAAAGAAGAGACUGCGCUUAGCUGACUUGGAGCACUCCUCUGGUGAGUCUAGCUUCGAGUCGGCCUGUACAAGCCUCUCCCGGAGCCCCAGUCAAGACAGCAACUUAUCCUACUGCUCCAGCUUCUCGUUUGACCGAGAGGAGAGAGAGAGAGAGGUUAUCCCCAAGCCAGCUUCCCCGGCGGCUAGACAGGAUGAGUUUGGCAAAGCGUUGGAGUUCUUAGCGGUGCCAGGAAGCGGCCACUCCCUCUCUGUCCUGAACCAGCGUCAACAACAUGAAAUGAGACGUUCCUCUUCAGAACAGGCACCGUGCCACUCCCAGUGCAGAGAGCUCCCAGAGGUCCGCAGCGUAUCGUUUGACUACGGCAGUCUCUCUCCAACGGCCAAAGUUAGACAUGCGGAACUCAGCGCCAGCUACUCAGAGCCCAGACGGGGUAACUUGGUAAGACAGGAGUCCUUGAAUGUUGACCUUGAAUUUGCACAUCCAGUCCUUCCGCUAAAUAUUCUUCCUCAGUACCUCAGCAAUGCCCUGUCGUUCUCAGCCACUGCUCUGCUCUCUCAUUCUCUGCCAAUGUUCGCCCCUCAGCCGUCACACUCUGGUCUCCUAGUUCCUGUUAGAAUCCAGACUCACGUACCCUCCUACGGUAGCAUCACAUAUACCACUGUGUCGCAAAUUGUAGAUGAUCCAUACAAAAGCGUUAGCUCCACCAGAACCUCUUCUCUCACUUCUCACUUUGCAAAUGUAGCAACGAAUUUGGAUACACCUAAUCUAUUAUUAGGACACCCCCGAGGACUGUUGACCAACCCAGUCCAGGUUCAAGUUCUAGAUCUGCCCCCAGCUAAGCUUAAGACAGGCAUCCCUCUCUCCCUGACCUCCAGGACGAUCUCCACCACUAACUGUGGGUCCAGUGGUGGGUCCAACAAGCGCAUGUUGUCUCCAGCCAGCAGCUCGGACCUGUUCAUGGAGGUCAAACAGCAGAAACGGGUCAAAGAGGAGAAAAUGUACGGUGAGAUAGUGGAGGAGUUGGGUGCUGUGGAGUUAGGGAAUUAUAAUGUGACUGAAGAGAACAAGCAGAGUUUAAAGUCAGAGUUUAAAAGUGACACCAACCAGCUAGCAUCAGCUGGCUUUCCUUCAAAAUCCUCUUUGUCGGCGUCAUCCUCACUUCCUUCUCACAACGAGCCAGCAAGUGGAAGCUUCAUCUCACCUCAGCAACAAUGGUCAGAAAGUCCUGAUUCCCCUAUGGAUAACUCCCCAACGGAAGCAAGCCUACAUCCACACGCUCUGCUUUCUCUAAAGGAUUUCAAUGAGUCUGGCAUGGACAGCAAGGCACAGAUGGAUGUGCUGGUGCAGUUAGUCAAAGGUCAGGGCAUCCUCAUCUCUGACGGGGAAAACACCAAACUGAUAUCUCAGUUUCCAAGUCUACGCACAGUGACAGGUGUGAGUUGGUGCUAUCUGAACUACACCAAGCCAAACAGCACUCACAGCAGCUCUCCCCUGUCCUCUGUGUACGCUUCGUGGUACGUCAGUUCCCAUAACCCCAACCCUCCUAACCUCAACACCAGUGCCACCCUGGCUCUGCUCCGCUCCAAACAGACGACUAACAGAUGGGUGUACACCAUGGCUGCCAUGGACCAACCUGGGACUGGGAAGCUGGUCUCCUCCUCACUCUUAUGGAGGAAGCGGCUCGGGCUGGUGAGAACCUUGAUUGUUAAUUAUUUAUUUGGUCCAAAUCUCCCAUAAAUGUCUAUAUUGAAUGUUUGCAAUCCUGGAAUCGAGUUACAUCAUAAACAUAUAAUCUAAUUGUAACCAUAUUAUACUUAUUCCUAUAUACCUAAACUGCAUGUUCACAGAAUGUUUAUUUAUUCAUUCUUUAUAUUCAUGUUUAUUUAUCUGUCUCGUUUAGCUGCAGAGCAAACCGGUGCUCAAAGAGCUGGACGUGAUCUCCUAUGGAAGGAAACUGAAGGAUGCCAGCUGCAGGGUAAAAGCAGGGAAGGAGGACUGGAAAGACAGGGAGGUGUCCUCGAAACAAACAGCAGUGCCAACACCGACACCAACACCAACCCGGAUCAAAAUCUUUGAAGGAGGGUCAGUUAUGAUAAUAUCACAUCAAUCAAUAAGCGAUAAAAUAUUACUUAUAAUGUUAGUUUGUAAUGUGUACAUGUUCUGUAAAGGGGUUACGCCUGUUGGUACAAAUUAUUAUUUAACCUUUAUUUAACCUGGUAGUCCCAUUGAAGUCAGAAUACCUCUUUAAAAGGGAGACCUGGAAUUAGAUUGAAUAGCUGUUUUCACUUACCUUGCAUGUCUAUAGCUUCUUAUAAUAUAGACCACUUGUCAAACUUAUUCCACGGAGGGCCAAGUGUCUGUGGGUUUUUUGCUCCUCCUUUGUACUUGACUGAUCAAUUCAGGUCAUUGAUUAGUUAGGAACUCCCCUCACCUGGUUGUUUAGGUCUUAAUUUGGUCCCAAAUUGAAAGGAAAUAACAAAAACGAACACACACUCGGCCCUUCGUGGAACGAGUUUGACACCCCGAUAUAGAACAUCACAUUAAGGAUGGUUUUCCUCCCUCAGGUUCAAGUCCAAUGAGGACUAUGUGUACGUGAGGGGCCGAGGCCGGGGGAAGUAUAUCUGUGAGGAGUGUGGCAUCCGCUGUAAGAAACCUAGUAUGCUGAAAAAACAUAUACGCACCCACACUGACGUCAGACCCUACGUCUGCAGGGUCUGCAACUUCGCUUUCAAAACUAAAGGUGGGUUUCGCUUCUUCUUCCAUUGAAAUGAAUGAGAGAAGAGCUGAACAAGCACCUUGUGACAACUGCUGAUUUAAAAAGGGAUUGAUCAAAUAAACUAGAUUGAAUGACGAUUUAAUUGAUGACACCGGUAACAUUGAAUGAGAAUGAUGAUAAGAUAAUCAGCUAAAUGAAUCUUUAACAUGUUUGUCCUACAGGAAACCUGACCAAGCAUAUGAAGUCAAAGGCUCACAUGAAGAAGUGUCUUGAGCUUGGGGUGUCAGUCACAGUGGAUGAUACAGAGACACUGGAAUCUGGUAAGAUAUCGACCAAUGACCAGGGAAUUAUUCAGAUAUUUAGAACUGAUUGUGUAACCCAUGGUAACUGUACCGUAGAAAGAAUGACAGGAACACAUUUGAUGUAUCCUUUGUCUUUAUUUGUGUUCUUUCAAACAAUGCAGAUUACAUCCAGCAAGACUCGAAGACCGGGGUCUUGAGCACAGCCAAACACCAGUUCUCAGAUGCAGACGACUCUGAUGGCAUGGAUGAAGAGAUCGACGAUAUCGACGAAGAUGACGAUGACGAUGAUGACUACGACGGUGACUCUACUCCCAAGAUCCUUUCCCGGAGCACCAGCCCUCAGCUCUGCGGCGGAGCCUCUCUGUCGGUCACAGCUACCGCCGUCAUCCAGGGUGUGUCGUCAGACCUCCAUGGCUGUCCCCUCAGUACCGUCAUCCAGGGUGUGUCGUCAGACCUUCAUGGCUGUCCCCUCAGUACCGUCAUCCAGGGUGUGUCGUCAGACCUCCAUGGCUGUCCCCUCAGUACCGUCAUCCAGGGUGUGUCGUCAGACCUCCAUGGCUGUCCCCUCAGUACCGUCAUCCAGGGUGUGUCGUCAGACCUCCAUGGCUGUCCCCUCAGUACCGUCAUCCAGGGUGUGUCGUCAGACCUUCAUGGCUGUCCCCUCAGUACCGUCAUCCAGGGUGUGUCGUCAGACCUUCAUGGCUGUCCCCUCAGUACCGUCAUCCAGGGUGUGUCGUCAGACCUCCAUGGCUGUCCCCUCAGUCCCUUUCAUCCCCUCCCCAGCUGCCUCUCAACCUACACCCUGUCUGGCAUCGAUGUCCACCCCCAUCCCCCCUCCAUGGGCAGGAGGACAGGGCCAGACCGGAGGACUGUCUUGGCCUCCAGCCUGGACAAGGAGGACUGUUGCCUGGCCAUGCUGUCUCCUGACCAGGGCUGUCUGUUCUUCGACCCCUACCCCACCUGUCUGCUGUCCCCCGGCUGGGAGUCCCCUCUGAGGGAACCGCCUCCCUCCCGCCUCCGCUACCCCUCACCCCGGAGAGACCACUCCCCACGGGGGCGCUCCUCACCUCGAUGGGACACCUCCCCGCUGAGGCCCAGCUCCCCCAACCUCACCCCCAUCCAGCACCUCUCCCCGGCCUGUAUGGAGAGGCCCCUGUCCCCAGGUGGAGUGGACCUGGCUGGGAGGAGACAGAGGGUGGUGCUCAGGGCUGUGUCUCCACGUAGAGGAGGCUCACAACAUAGAGACUCUGGGGAGAAAACCAGGCAGCAAGCCAAGGCUGAACUGGUCCAGCAGGGAGGAGCCAUUGAAAUGGAUAUGGUAUGUAAUAUAGUAGUUUACAGUAUGUUUUCAUUGAUUAGUAUAUGCUUGUCCAUGCAAAACUAGUUACACUGACUUAAUUUCAACUGACUUCAUUUGAACUCAGUUCAACAACUGGAUUGUUAGUGUUCUUGAUGUAAAACCUUUAUUAAUCACAAUGUUUUUUUUACACCAUUGGUGUCCAUGCAUUUUUUCUUGAUUGUCAUAUAAAACUUGUUUCAAGCAAGAAACUGUAGAAAAGUGUAUUCUGAUAGUCACUAUAACUUGUUGUCUUUAGGAUCAGAGGAGAAGUGUGCCUCCUGGUUCCUCCUGCUCCAGCUGUCCCCAUCAGAACCUCUUCAGCCACCUUCCCCUACACUCUCAGCAGCAGGCUGGGACUCUCCUCCCCAUGGUCCCUAUCGGAGGGAUCCAGGUACUGCACUCCCUGCCCUCCUGCAGCUCUGACCGGACCCAUCUGUCAGCCCUGUCCCCUCAGAAGACUGAGCUCCACCAGGACAGCACUAAGGAGGGAUCUGUCCGCCUGGCGGCCCUAGGUGCAGAGGACUCAGGAGCCCAGCAGCAGGGGAGGGGGAUGGAGAGGGAGAGGGAGAGGGAGAGGGGGAUGGAGAUGGAGAGGGAAAGGGAGAUGGAGAGGGGGAUGGAGAUGGAGAGUGAGGGGGGGAUGGAGAGGGAAAGGGAGAUGGAGAGUGAGGGGGGGGAUGGAGAGGGAGAAGCCGUCCCCCCACCAGACACCCCGGGACUCAGAGGAGGAGAACCCACCUGUCUCUGUCCUCACGGUCAGGAACCCUAAGCAGGAAGAGGUUCUUCAGACCUGCACCAAGGCCAUUGCCUCCCUCAGGAUCACCUCUGAAGAGCAUCUAUAGACUGGGGUUGCGUCCCAAAUGGCACCCUAUUCGCUAUACAAAGCACUACUUUUGACCAGAGGGCUCUCGUCAAAAGUAGUGCACUAUAUAAGGAAUAGGGUACCAUUUGGGACGUAUGUCAUUUGGGAUGUACCUUGGAGCUUCCUCCAGGAGCAGCUGAGCCCCCCCCCCCCAUCCAUCGUCCAGUCCUCAGCUAGCAUGGUUCUAGAUCAAUUUGUGCUGUCUUGACAACUGAUAUGGUCACACCAACUUCUCUGGUCACAUAUGAGUUGGCAAGACAGCACAAACAAAUCUGGACCCAGGCUACGUCCACAGUCCCUCUCAACUUCAUUCCUCUAGACAGACAGACAGACAGACAGACAGACAGACAGACAGACAGACAGACAGACAGACAGACAGAUAGACAACAUGACUUCAUCCAGAAUCCAUUGUUUGGGUGUUGGGGGACUCUUUUCUCAGUCUCAUCUACUUCAGGUUUCUUCAUGUUAGUAGUGCAAAGGUCAUGUGUCUAACAUGCCCCUCACCCCACCAUACUAUGAUCUAUAUCUGA